AUGCCGAAGCGCUCCUGCCCCUUCGGGGAGGCGGCCCCGCUCCAGCUGAAAACACGCGUGGGGCUGCGCGAGCUGAGCCGCGGCGUGCGGGGCGAGGAGUACCGCCGGGAGGUCUUCGAGAGGACGCGGCGGCUGCUCUUCCAGGGCGCCCAGGCAUACAUGGAGGGCGCCUGGCCGGCCGGCCCCGCCGCCACCUGCGCCGUCACCCGCUCGCCGGAGCCGGGCGGGGAGGCCCAGGAGGGCAGCGCGGGGCGCCGCUGGAGCGGGCAGCUGCUCAUCGGCCACGACGGGAAACUGCUGAAGCGCCCCGCCGCCACGGAGAAGGUGCCACCCGUGGGAGUUUCCAAAGCCUGUUCAUCGUGUGUAAGAACUGCUGAUGUCAAGGAAGCAUGUACGCAGUGUGACCGGUUCGUCUGCCAGAACUGCAGCAGGGUCUGCAGCUGCUGUAACACACUUACCUGUUCUUUGUGCUCCACUAUUGAUUAUGGUGAUGUGGGAGAGCAAGUUCUCUGCAAUGGUUGUUCAAUAUUUCAAGUCUGAAACUUGAUGAAAUAGCCUUUAUGGCCAAGAUGUCUGUAAAUGUCAUGAAGUCUCCUCCUUACGGCUGGUCAAUUAAUCCUUUUAGCAUGUGAAUUAAUUAUGGAAUUUCUAUGUUUUAUAUCUUUAUAUUGUACUUUUUUAAUAUUGUAGCUAAAUAAACUUUUAUAUUUUGAGGCUUUCUA